AUUCACUACCAGAUGGUACUAGUAGUAUCGUUUUGAAAAUGCAUAUUAUAUUGAAGUUGCAAAAUAUGAAAAUAUUUGCACAGUGUCUUUAACCUGUUAGAUUAAUUACUGUACAAUAAUUACCGGUUAUUCUUGAUUUAUUAUGUACCCCAUUUAUGAUAUUAUAAAAUAUAAAACGUGAUAUAACAAAUAUCAAAAAGUAAUAAGUAAAAAGUGUGCAAAAUGAACAAAAAACCUAAACUACUGGUUUUUGACUUAGAUUAUACUUUGUGGCCGUUUUGGGUUGAUACUCAUGUUACUCCUCCUUUCAAAAAAAAGGGAAAUGAUGUAGUAGAUGCUCAUGGCCAAAUUAUAAGAUAUUAUAAAGAAGUACCUGAUAUUUUAAAACGAUUGUCAGAAGAAUAUGAACUUGGGGUUGCAUCUCGUACAUCUGAAAUUCAAGGUGCUAACCAAUUAUUAAAGUUGUUUAAUUGGGAUAAGUAUUUUAAGUACAAAGAAAUUUAUCCAGGAUGCAAAGUAUCCCAUUUUUCUAAAAUUCAAAAAGCAUCAGGCAUUGAUUAUAAAGACAUGAUAUUUUUUGAUGAUGAACAUAGGAAUAUUGUUGAUGUGGGUAAACUUGGUGUUACAUGUAUAUUGGUACAGAAUGGUGUAACCAAUACAGUUAUUGAAAAUGCAUUCAAAAAAUUUUAAUGUUUACGCUUUUAGGAAAAAUUUAUCUAGAAAAUGUAAUUUGAUUUUCAGCAUUAACUUUUACUAUUUAUGGGUACUGCAACAGUAUAUAUAGUAAAUGGGGAUUACUGAAAAUAA